GCCGCGGAGGCCCUGCCGGGCGGCGGCGGCGGCGGCGAGCGGGCCAUGGUGGCGCUGGAGAACCCGGAGGGCGGCCCGGAGGCGGCGGCGGCGGCGGGGGGCGCCCCGGGCGGGCGGCGGACGCUGCCCCUUCCGGGAUGCCUGCCCACUCUAACCGGCUCCCAAGUGAAGAGGUUCUCAGCCUCCAAGCGGAAGCAGCACUUCAUCAACCAGGCCGUGCGGAACUCAGACCUCGUGCCCAAGGCCAAGGGGCGGAAGAGCCUCCAGCGCCUGGAGAACACCCAGUACCUGCUGACCCUGCUGGAGACAAACGGGGGCACACCGGGUCCUGAGGACGGGGACCUGGCUCCCCCAGCGGCGCCCGGCAUCUUCGCGGAGGCCUGCAACAACGAGACCUACGUGGAGGUCUGGAACGACUUCAUGAACCGCUCCGGGGAGGAGCAGGAGCGGGUGCUCCGCUACCUGGAGGACGAGGGCAAGAGCAAGGCGCGGAGGAGGGGGCCUGGCCGGGGCGAGGACCGCCGGAGAGAGGACCCGGCCUACACGCCCCGCGAGUGCUUCCAGCGCAUCAGCCGGCGUCUGCGAGCCGUACUCAAGCGGAGCCGCAUCCCCAUGGAAACGCUGGAGACCUGGGAGGAGCGGCUACUCAGAUUCUUCUCGGUGUCCCCCCAGGCUGUGUACACGGCCAUGCUGGACAACAGCUUCGAGAGGCUCCUGCUUCACGCCGUCUGCCAGUACAUGGACCUCAUCUCGGCCAGUGCCGACCUCGAGGGCAGGCGGCAGAUGAAGGUCAGCAACCGGCACCUGGACUUCCUGCCGCCGGGGCUGCUCCUGUCCGCUUACCUGGAGCAGCGCAGCUGAUGGCGGCCCCGCGGCGCCCAGACCUCCCUACCAUCCGCUAAAAUAUCUUUAUUAUUUUUAAAAUUUGCCUUUGGAAAUGUAAUCUUCCCCCCUUGGGGUGGGUCUGUCUCACCCCGGCCCGCCUCCCUGCCCAGCCCUUCCAGAUAAACUCUGGCGGCUGGAGCUGCCUUGGACUAUAUCGGCCCCGUAGCUCCUCGCUCUGGGACUUGUAUUUCGGCGGGGAGACCCGGCCUGGUCACUUCCAUGUUCCUUCUUCGUUCAGAUUUUUCCGCCUGUUCUGAAGCUUAAGCGAGGAGGGAGAGGCUGGGUUUUUAUCACUUUUAAUGAAUUUGAUGUGAUUUGUUGUA